AUGGCUAGUCCGGGUGAAAAUAAAACUACUAGUGAUAGUCAACAAGAAGAAAUUAGUGCGUUACGUGAUUAUUUUAAAGAUAAUAUUCGUAUUUUAUCUUCUAUUGGACAAUUUUCCUAUAUUCUAAAAAUUCGAACUGAUCAAUAUGAUGUUUCAUUAACUUUACAGUUAGAUGAAUCUUAUCCAUCGAAAGCACCGGAAAUAAUUAUAACUGCACCUCGAUUAACAGCUGAACAAGUUUUACUUGUUCAACAACUUCUUCAAUCCUAUAGCAAAACAAUACUUAAUCAACCAAUGGUUUUAUUAAUUUAUUCUCGUUUACUUCAAUGGUUUGCUGAAAAUAAUAUUCAAACAUUAAAUGCUAAUUCAAAUAAUAAUAAUAAUAAUACUACAAAUUCAUCAAAUACUUCUGCUUCACGUUCACCACCACAUUCAUUAAUAUCAAAUCAAAAUCAGAAUAAAACUACUCAAUCCGAUGAACCUAUUAAAAAAACUUCGAUGAAAACGUCGGAAGAUGUUAUAUCACGUAUUGAAUGGGAUACUCGUCUUGAUAAACGUUAUUUUCGUGUUGGUUAUAUCGAUCGUUUUCUUGGUUUACAAGAAAAAUCUUUUAAUGAUUUUGAUUUUCAAGUUGAUCUAUCAACAGUUAGUGAUCGACAUUCAAAUGUUCUUGCUAUACCUAAACAUCGUAUUCAAUAUUUUAAAUAUAAUAAUGAAAUUAUUUGGGAUAAAGAAACACGAACUGAUUUAGUAUUUGGUUCAACCGGAAAUCAACAAACAAUUUAUGAUGUUAUAGCAAGACAUGAAAGUCUUAUGGAAAAUAAUUAUACACCUUCGUAG